CAUGUCUGACACUGCAUUGAACGACGCUGCGUCUGCCUCGUCUGGCUCGCCCGCAGCGCCUGUCGCGACUGCAAGGUAUGACCCGAAGGGUCCGACUGCAGAAACCAUGUUCCCGCACUUGUUCAGCGGCAAGGCAGGCUACUCUGACCCCUUCACCACGUUGCAUGACCACGACGCCCCGGAAGCCAGGACGCGAGUCGAGCUGACCAUGAAGCAGCUGAGCGGCGAAAUCCGCAACAAGCCCAACUGGGAGACCAAGAUGCUCAACCCCGAAAUUGUCGCCAAGUGGCGCAAGGAGGCCAGCGACGCGUACGCUGUCGAAGACGACUACAUCGUUCCCGUCACGACCAAGAUGCUCGACUACGUGUUUGCAGAGCUCAAGGAGUACGCAAAGUUCAAGCAAGCGCAAGGCGGCAAGAUUGAGCACGCUGCUGUCGAUGACACGUUCCAGGCGGACGGACUCGUGUCGGAUGAGCUGCGCCAGCGCUUGCUUGCCGGAGUCGCUCGCCUCGAGGACGUGCCCGAGCACCUGAAGGACUGGCACCCGGGCAGCGAUCGCCAGGUCCUGGAUCUUGUGCAUCCGUCCUUGUUCUGCCUCGUCUAUGGGCGUACGCGCCACACCACCAAGCCGAUCGUCGAGGCGCUUGGUUCGGUCGGCGGUGGCGAAAUCCUUCCCGUGCUCCCGCUCGCGUACGAGCACGACUUUAACACGUCAACCCAGUGCCAGUGGCUGCCGAGUGAAUUCCGAGUCCAUGACGACGGCCGUGUCACAAUCGAGUCUUACAUUAACAAUCUCCACCCCGUCGAGCACGCCGAGCUCUACCCUGUGCUGGCGAGCAUCUUUGAAGCGUUUGUUCCAAUGUUUGAAUUGACGCUGGCCGCGGCGCCCGACAUUCAACACAGCUUCAUACGCCGUGUGGAGCCUGGCAACUGGUAUCGUCCGCUCACCGAGGAGGAAGAGCGCGCCGUUAAGCAAAAGCUCCGCGCCGCUAAGCAAAAGCGCCGCGCCGCUAAGCAAAAGCGCCGCGCCGCGAAGAAGGCAGCAAUGGACGAGGACGACGACAAGGACGACGACGAGGACGAGGACGACGACAAGGACGACGAGGACGACGACGACGACGACGAGGACGACGACGAGGACGAGGACGACGACGAGGACGAGGACGACGACGAGUUCUACAAUGACCCGGAGGUGGAGUUUGGUGUCUUUGUCAUGCCCGAGCCGGGAGAGUACAAACCGCCCAGAGCCGGCGACGAGUACCCUUCAUGCAACCUGCGCGGUACCACCCUCCAGGUCAUUGUGAAGCUGGCAAACAUUUGUCUGACCCCGGAAAACCCAACCUACCAGGGCGGCUCCUGGCACGUCGAGGGCAUGCGCAACGAGCACAUUGUUGCGUCUGGCAUCUACUACUACCAGCAGGAGAACAUUACCGAGUCCAACCUCGACUUUCGCCAGUCCGUCUCCGGGCCCUGGGAAUACCAGCAAAACGACACUACUGGCGUCUUCCGGGUGUUUGGCUUGGAGAAUCGAGGCGAGCUCAAUCAGAUGCUGGGCGGCAUCGCGACCAAGGACAAUCGCUGCAUUACCUUCCCAAACACGAUGCAGCACCGCGUGCGCUCGUUCCAACUCCUGGACCCGACCAAGCCUGGCUCGCGCAAAAUUCUCGUCUUCUUCCUCGUUGAUCCCGACCUGCGCAUUCCGUCGACCAAACACAUUCCCCCGCAGCAGCGCAGCUGGUACAUGCAAGAAAUCUUGACCACGCCCGUCUUCCCGCCGGCAAUUCCCCCGGAGCUUGUUCAAAUGAUUUUGGAUUACUCGGAUUGGCCCAUGGGGCUCGAGGAGGCCAAGCAGCACCGCGAGACGCUGAUGAACGAGCGCAAGCAGUUUGUCAUGGCCAACAACAAAGCCGUGUUUGCGCGUGAGUGUUCGCUGUGCGAGCACUGAUUUGUUUUUUCUUGUUUUGUCGGCAUGCAUCAGAUUGGGCGAUGAGGUGCCUUUUUGUUGGAGCUGCCGCGCGUGACUGUGACUGUGUGCGUGUGUUUCUGUUGUCAAAGAAUAAAGCGAUCAGCGCAACUUAUAC